AUGCAGUUCACCAACAUCCUUCUCCCUCUUCUGUUCGCCAUCUCUGGCGCCAACGCCCAGCAAUCUAGCGAUGUGACUUCCGUCCAGACUUACUACACCACCGUUACUGUCAGCCGUGUUGUCGAGACCACUACGUGCACUUCGACCACUACUCCCGCCGCCGCCGAGUCCACCACUUCUACUAGCGAGACUCCUGUCGUCUCUACUUCUUCUGAGGCUCCCGUCAUGUCUACUUCUGAGGCCCCUGUUCCCACCAGUUCGCCUUCGACCUCAUUCACCACCGAAUUGCUCACCCAAACUGUCCAGAAGAUCGCAGCCAGCCCUGUUGUCUCUUCAUCCAUGGUUACCGUCUACCCUGUUGCUGCCAGCGCUUCUGCUGCCAUGCCUUACGCUUCGACCAACGGCACUGGUGUUGCCAUGGCUUCUCCCACCAUGACUCACUACACUGGUGCUGCCUCUGGCUUGACUGUUCAGUUCGGCGCUGUUGCUGUCAUUGCCGCCGUCGCUGGCGUUGCUCAAAUGCUCUAA